AAUAUUUAUGAAACAUUACUUGAUACACCCACUUACAACGAAUGGAUUGAGUUGAUCAAAAAAUUACCAAACGACAAAGCUUCAGGACCAUCAGGAGUGACUUACGACUUAAUCAAACAUUUUGGAAAAUCAGCUUAUAAAAUUUUAUUCAAAAUUUACGAAUUAU